AGCGGGGCGGUGGCGCACGGAGCCGCCCCCGGGGAGGCGGGAGCCGGGAGCCGGGGGCGCUGCCCGCGGGCUGGGCCUGCCUCCACGAGGCGGGACAAGCGUGCCGGGGGCCUGCGGUGGCGAGCCCGCAGCCUGAGCAGCUUUGUCGCUGUCGGAGGAGCUCGGUGGAGCAGGGACAGGGCUUGCUGGCGGGUGCCGAGGUGGAAGAGCCCUCGCAGCUCAGGCCGCGGCGCGCUAGGCAGCGAGCUGUCUAACACAUAACCGUGUUUUCCCCCGCGCAGCGCUCGCAGCAGCCUCCAUCUGCUCAGCAGAGCUCCCAGGGGCCUGGAAAAUUCGCUCAUCUGGAGCCAAACUGUUCCCGGCGGCCCCAGAGCACUUCCCCGUGUCACCCCAGCAAGCAGAUGUCUCGCCACCUUUCCAGUCGCCUCGACAGCAAAUGCUGCUCCGGAGCCUCUGCCUUCGAGGUGCAACAUCCCCGUGGCGGCUCGGUCCCAGCAUGGGUGGGCUGUGCCGGCCGGGAACGACCGGCCUUGAUCUAUAGCAGCAGAAGAAUGAUUUUUCAAUCCGCAGACAGCAAAGAAGACAACUGGAUUUAGCACCUCCGGGGCUCUUCCCAUGCUGCGAGGUGCUCCGAGCGCUCUGCGGUGCUUGAUGUCUCCAGGAGGUCACUGAAGCGAUGGCACUGCUCUGGCCUUCUGCCGCCACUGGCCGCGGGGACUUAUGAGAAGUCCCUUAUGAGCUUAUGAGAACUGGCGGGGACGUAACCAAGUUGUGUUUUGAGAAAGCAUGGUGGUCUGUGUUCCUCUGCACUGGAUCGCUUAAAGGAUAUUUUUUAUUUUAUUUAUUGCUAAGCGUUUUAGGGCCGACCAGCAUCACCAGCUUUAUCAGCUUGCUAGCGGUCGCUACGCAAAGAUUACAAAGCCCCGAUAAUACGAGGUCUGAGAAAAAAAGCGAUUUUGUGGAUGGGAAAAUUAAGGCAAGGUUGCUGAGUGGUGAUCACCAGGUGUCUCCGAGCACCCCUCUUACCCUGGGAGGAACAGAUUAUUUCUCCAGCAGAUGUUAGGAAAGAUGUUUGGGGAAGAGCACCGGCACUACUAGGAGUGUUUGUCUGGAUUUGCUGCGGGCCAGACCCCACGCCUGGCUGUGCCAGGCCCCGGCACCUGCUUCACCCGGCUCCACAGGGAGGGGACAGGGACAGGGACGGGCCGUGGCGGAGGCGGCAGUGAUGCCGGGGGACACCCGCAGGCCCAGCCGGGGAGGAAGAGGAGGAGGAGUUUGUGCUCCCUGCAGCCAGCCUUCCCGGCCAGCCCCGGCCACACUCCCGGCAGAGCAGGUGGCAGGACGGAGCAGGACGGCGGCUCUCGCCCAGAGCAAUGACGAUGGAGUGGCUGAGCCAGCGCUGCCAGCAGCCCGGCACCUCGAGCUGCUCCCGGCCGGGCCGCCUGGCCCUGCUGCUGGCGAUGGCUCUGUCUUUACUGAUGUACCCCAUGCUAAAAAGUCUGGCUCUUCAGCUGCACUCUGCUGUCACUGGCAGCUACAUCUCUGGGACCCAUUCCAUCGCCUUCAUCAAUUGUCUCAACGAGGAAAUUGCCAAGGAUAUUGCAAGGGCCAUUAUGGAUAAGAAGCUGGCUGCCUGCGUGAACAUCCUGCCGAAGACCUCGGCCCUGUAUUUCUGGAAAGGCGAAAUAGAAGAAUCCACAGAAAUACUGCUAUUAGUGAAAACAAGGACAUCAAAGAUAGGUGAAUUGUCCAACUACGUCAGAUCCAUCCAUCCCUUUGAAAUUCCGGAAAUCAUCAGCCUGCCUAUUGACCAAGGAAACCCACUCUACUUCAAAUGGAUAGAAGAAAGCAUCCCAAGAGACUGAGAUGUGCAAAACCACUUUGCUUUCGGGGAGACCAGAUGAAGCAUGCUUUGCUGUGCCAGUCCCCUCCCUGGGCGGGCAGGAGUUACACACGCACAGGGAGGCAGCAUAUAACUUCACAGGUUUGCGGUAGCGCAGAAGUUUGGGAUUGGGAAUUUUGUACUUGAACCAUCCCCUCCUUUGCCUGACCCUGUGCCCCACAGAGCGUGUAGCAGCAUAGAGGCAGCAGAGGCUGAAGCGGAGAAGGCUGACACAGCUAAAGCUUGUUCCAGCGUUGUGGAAGAAGAUACACGGGGUGUCCAAGUCGAGACCGUGACACCUCGCAGCACUCAGCGCUGUUUCAGGCGUCUCGUGGCAAACACGAGGCAGCGGGCCCCGUCCCGGCGUGCCCCCAGCACCCCAGCUGCAGGCUGGAGGGGCGUGCGGACAGGCUGCCAGGCUGGCAGCGCCGUCGGGAAGGGCCGGCCAGCUCCAUGCGUCUCUGCACCCGGCAGCGCAGCCAGCCCCGCUGCCUGCCUCCACGGCUGUCCCUGCACCCCGCACAGCUCUGGCUCCGGCUCCUGCUUCCCAGGCCAGGGAGAGGCAGGAUGCGGCAGGGCAGCUGCGAUGUGCCAGCUCACGCUCCCUCCUGCGGUCACCUAACUUGCUGGUUUGUCUUCCAGAAUCCAAGGGAACAGCAAACUUUUAAGCAGAGGCCGCUAAGCGAUUGCCAAGAUCCCCAGUGCACACGCACGCUGCCAGCGCCCUGCCGCUGAGACGGCGAAAGCGGGGCCGAGGCUGGCGACCCCCUGCCACCGCAGAGGAGCAGUGCCCAGCCGUGCCACUGCCCCUUCGAUGUGCAGGGCCAGGGCAGGCAUCGCCCUCCCGCAGGAGGGCACAGCUCCGGCCCCAAGCAUCCCCAGCCCGCGCCUGAGCGGUUGCUUUCCACCCAGGCUAAACCUUGUAAAAAGAUGCUCAUGUUAAUAGUUUAACAUAAUGUAAGUUAUGCAACAGUAUUGAGUUAUUUAUGUGAUUGGGAAGCUAAUAAACAGGAGCUUUUCUUACCUGUA